AUGGGUCGCCCGAUUGAAGUUGCUCUUAGUGUCCGUCCGGACGUUCAAGGUGUGUGUGCGGAGCCGGACUUUGGGUUUAGUCAGGCAUACGUGCGUGACACAUACGCCGCAGCACGCUUCCAGCAUAGCCGCGCCGCCGCACUCCAGCCCCGCCUCUCGUCUCCUCCGGCCGGGCGCGCCACGCGCCGUCCCCCACCGCGAUUGCUCGUCACCCGACUCCCCCGGCUAGGAACCCUCCCCCGUUGCUGCAGCUGGGCGAGGAGGGCGCUCGACCUCCGCUUCCCCCACCCGCACUGCUGGGCUCGGCCCCGGUGCUGCCCAAACAAUGCCAUACAGGUCACUCCAGGAACAAACAGUUCCGUUCCCACGAGGCUAGUAGAAAGGUACGUGCCCUCAGCCCCGCCCCCUCCGGCCCACCAGACCCCCCAGGUCCACCUACCCAAUCCACGACCGCGAGGAACGGCGCCGCGACCACCAACCAAGCCCGUAGCCGCCGCCGCCGUCGCCGUCCCCAGCGCACCCACAGCGACCGGCCCCCCUUUCCCUUUCUCCACGAGCCCUCCGCGACGCCGGCGAGCCCGACUGCACCCCGUAGCGGACAUGGGAUCGACGGCGCUCGGUGGUGCGGCUCCGGCGCGCGCCGGAUUGGCCCCCAAGAAUGGAGUCCUUGGAUCUACUUUCAAGCCAUGCGGUGUGGUCAAGCUCAAAACAACUCCUAAGGUUGGACGCUCUUCAGUCUGUGUGAGGGCAUCCAUUGCUUCUUCACCACAAAAACAGUACUCUCCCAAGACACCAGCAGUUCAAUCAGGGGAGGAAGUACGCAUUGCAGUGCUAGGAGCCAGCGGUUAUACUGGGGCUGAGAUUGUGCGGCUUCUAGCAAACCACCCUCAGUUCCGCAUCACAGUGAUGACCGCAGAUAGGAAAGCCGGUGAACAGUUUGGAUCUGUAUUUCCUCACUUGAUAACACAGGACCUGCCAAAUUUAGUUGCAAUUAAAGAUGCAGAUUUUUCAGAUGUUGAUGCUGUUUUUUGUUGCUUGCCGCAUGGAACAACACAGGAAAUUAUUAAAGGUUUACCCAAGCAACUGAAGAUUGUUGAUCUCUCUGCGGAUUUCCGAUUGCGUGACAUCAAUGAGUAUGCUGAGUGGUAUGGCCAUGCUCAUAGGGCACCAGAACUUCAGGAAGAGGCUGUUUAUGGUUUGACGGAGGUUCUUCGAGAUGAAAUAAGAAAUGCACGGCUUGUUGCCAACCCGGGAUGUUAUCCCACGUCUAUUCAGCUCCCUCUUGUUCCUCUAAUAAAGGCAAAACUGAUCAAGCUGAGCAAUAUAAUAAUUGAUGCAAAAUCUGGGGUUACCGGGGCAGGACGUGGAGCUAAGGAAGCAAAUCUUUACACCGAGAUAGCUGAAGGCAUUCAUGCUUAUGGAAUAAAAGGCCACCGUCAUGUUCCUGAGGUUGAACAAGGAUUGUCAGAGGCUGCAGAAUCCAAAGUUACUAUCAGCUUCACUCCAAAUCUUAUCUGCAUGAAACGUGGGAUGCAAUCUACUAUGUUUGUUGAAAUGGCACCUGGAGUGACUGUCAGUGAUUUGUAUCAGCAUCUCAAGUCUACUUAUGAGGGUGAAGAAUUUGUCAAGCUGUUAAAUGGCAGCAAUGUUCCUCACACACGCCAUGUUGUUGGAUCAAAUUACUGUUUCAUGAAUGUCUUCGAGGACAGAAUUCCUGGAAGGGCCAUCAUCAUCUCUGUCAUAGACAAUCUUGUGAAAGGAGCAUCUGGCCAGGCCGUGCAGAACCUCAAUCUGAUGAUGGGACUGCCUGAGAAUAUGGGGCUGCAAUAUCAGCCCCUAUUUCCUUGA